AUGAAAGAAUAUCAUGUUAUCACUGUCUUCAUGGGUAAUCCAGAAAAUAAAUUAUUGAAUUAUAGUGGACAAGUUGAUAUUGCUAUUGUUCUUGGUUCUGAUUUAUCUGAAUUGAAAUUUGAAGGUGAUAUUCCAACAGUAACACCAUAUGAAGUAUUGUACUCAUUAUAUCUCAAUAAUGAAACUGAGUGGAAUGGAGAAUAUCCAAUUGGAAUUGAACGAUCAAAACCAUACAUUGACCAAGCAUUUGAACUUAUUAAUUGA